UUUGUGAUGGGGAAAGGAAACAGUAAGCUGGCACCAGAGGUUCUGGAUGACCUCACCAAGAGUACUGAGUUCAACGAGGCUGAGCUCAAGCAGUGGUACAAAGGCUUCCUCAAAGACUGUCCUUCUGGUAUACUGAACCUAGAGGAGUUCCAACAGCUAUAUGUCAAGUUCUUUCCGUACGGCGACGCGUCUAAGUUCGCCCAGCACGCCUUCCGGACCUUCGAUAAGAACGGGGACGGGACCAUCGACUUCCGGGAGUUUAUCUGCGCCCUGUCAAUCACCUCGAGGGGGAGCUUUGAGCAGAAACUCAACUGGGCCUUCAACAUGUAUGACUUAGACGGAGACGGCAAGAUCACACGCAUGGAGAUGCUGGAGAUCAUAGAGGCGAUCUACAAGAUGGUUGGCACUGUGAUAAUGAUGCGUAUGAACGAGGACGGGCUGACUCCCCAGCAGCGCGUGGAUAAGAUCUUCUCCAAGAUGGAUAAAGAUCACAACGAUGAGAUCACGCUGGAGGAGUUCAAAGAGGCAGCCAAGAGUGAUCCCUCCAUCGUCCUACUGCUACAGUGUGACAUGCAGAAAUAG